AUGCACGCGACAAGCUUUGCUAUCCUCGCCUCAUGCGUCUCUCAAGCUCUCGCAGCCACUUAUGCCCUCAGUGACUGCUACGUCGGCGCUGCCUUCCUCGCAGCGUGGCAGCACCAAGCCAUCCCCGACCCCACUAACGGCAGAGUGAACUACGUUGACCAAGCGACUGCUCUCGCCAAGAACUUGACAUUCGUGUCGGACGACUCCCUCAUCCUGAGAGCGGACGACACCACUGUGCUCGAUCCGAAUGGUCCUGGUCGAGACAGCGUGCGGAUUCAAAGCGUGAAGGCUUACACGACGCAUGUUGUCAUCAUUGACGUCCGCCACAUGCCACAAGGCUGUUCGACGUGGCCCGCUUUUUGGGAAAGUGACGUGCCCAAUUGGCCAAAUGGUGGCGAAGUUGACAUCGUAAGUCUCCAUUUUGUUCGCGAUGUUUUGACGAUACGGGAAUUGAACAUCGCCGCAACCUUUUCUCGCAUAUCCGCCUUGUCGAUCGAAGGUGUUAACGAUGUGACUCCGAACUCGAUGACCCUGCAUACAGGCUCGAACUGCUCCAUGCCUGCCAACCGCACCGAGACCGGUACCCCGACGGCCCUCGACUGCGAUGUCAACACUGACAACAACAGUGGCUGUGGCGCCCAUGCACCGACUGCAGAUAGCUACGGUCCUCCCCUGAAUGCCAUCGGCGGUGGGUGGUACGCCAUGGAGCGCACGAACGACUUCAUCAGUGUGUGGUUCUUCCCACGGAACAGGGCCACACCAUUCGACGUCUCGAGCGGUGCGCUCCUUGUUGACACCGAUCACUGGGGCACUCCCACUGCGUUCUUCCCCAACACCGACUGCGACAUCGAUUCACAAUUCGACGCCAAUAAUAUCAUCAUUAACCUGACUUUCUGUGGCGAUUGGGCAGGAAUCGCCUCGGUCUAUUCGGGUGCGGGCUGCCCGGGAGACUGUGUUGACUUCGUUAACAACAACCCUGCCUCAUUCGCGGAUGCGUACUGGGACAUCGCAGCCGUGCGUGUAUAUGAGAGUGGUGGCAGCCUACUUCGCCACCGUGGCAUGACCGACCGACUCCACCGCCGAUCUAAGUUUUAUUGAUUUUUAUUAUCUCGUAGCAUAUAGUAGC